AUGGCCAGUCUUAUGAAUAAGCUUGUUUCUCCUCAACAAGUAACAUACAUUAAGGGUAGAAACAUUCAUGAGAAAAUACUGUUCGCCUCUGAAUUAGUAAAUGAGAUGAAGAAAAAAAGAAGAGGAGGCAACUUAAGUUUAAAGCUUGAUAUCUCUCAAGCUUAUGAUUCAGUGAGUUGGAAGCAUCUGCUCAAAGUCCUUCAAAGAUAUGGUUUUUCUGUGGCUUGGUGUGAUUGGUUAAAAGUGCUUAUAUCUUCUGACAAAGUCUCGGUGAUGGUUAAUGGAGGACCAAAUGGAUUCUUCUCAAUGCACAUGGGACUCAAGAAAGGAGAUCCAUUAUCUCCAAUUCUUUUUGUUCUAAUGGAGGAGGUAUUAGGCAGAGGUUUAACAAAACUGGUGGAGACAAGAAAACUACAACCAAUGGUGAUAAGAAAUGUUAUUGCCCCUACACACUUACUAUUUUCUGAUGAUAUUUUUACGUUCAGUAAUGGUUCAAAGAAAAGUAUUGAAAAUCUCUUAAAACUGAUUGAAGAUUACCAAAGCUGCUCUGGUCAGAUCAUUAAUAAAAGUAAAAGCAAAUGUUUAGUUGAUGGAUGCUCAUUGAUUAGAAAAUCUCAGAUAUCAGAUAUGUUACAGAUGGAACUCACAUCAUUUCAAGAUAAAUAUUUGGGAGUUAUCAUUCAUCCAGGAAGGAUUAAAUCUGCAUCUGUGUGGUCAAUGGUUGAAAUGAUGCAAGGCUAUUUGGCUGUCUGGAAAGGAGAUGCAGAAAUAAGAAAAGCUAAAACCAUUUCUUGGAGAAGAGUAUGUACUCCUUUUAAUGAAGGAGGAUUGGGCAUUAGAAGGCUAUCAAAUGUGAAUAAAUCAUUGUUAAUGAAAAUGAUGUGGAAGCUACUAACAUCUAAAGAGGAAUGGUCUCUGUUUUUUGCAGCUAGAUUCAAGGAUAAAAAUGGGCAAUGGACUUCACAAUGUAAAUUAUCAUCAGUAUGGCCUGGUUUGAAAUGGGCUUGGCAGUUUCUCAAGAGUGAUGUCAGAUGGAUUAUUGGCAAUGGGGAGAAUAUUUCAGUUUAUUUUGAUACUUGGACUGGUGAAAGUCCACUAAUUGACAGAAUUGGUUUUACUGAAUAUGUCAAAAAUAACUUACAAAUGAAAGUGAAGGACUUGAUCCAAAAUAAUGAAUGGAGCAAGUUCUCAACACCAGCAGAAGUUAACAAGGUCAGGCAUAGAGAACCAAUCAUUCAUUGGCCUUCUCAAGUAUGGAAAACUUCUCUUCACCCUGGUAUUUCAAGUAAUAUUUGGAAACUUCAGCAAGGAGUCUUUGUGGAUGAUCAGAUGAGAACUGCUCAAGGUUAUUCUAUUGCUUCUACGUGUUGUCUGGGUCAUAGGAGUACUAAGUUCUCUGAAAUUAAAGAAUGUUUCUGGUUGAAUCCUCCAAGAGGUUUUGUCUUGUUUUGCUGUGAUGGUGCUGCAGCAGGAAAUCCAGGCUUGGAAGGCUUUGGCAUAAUAGCAAGAGAUCAUGCAUGCACUGUUAUUGGUACUAUCUCAGGAGGACUUGUGAAUGGGCUAUUGAAUGGGCAGUAA